AUGGCACCUAGACUCAACAUGAUGACCCCCAUUUGUCUGGUAGAAAACGACAAUGAGCAGCUGUCAGUGAAUCAGGAAGCUGUACAGAUUCUUGACCAGAUAGCUCAGCCAGUGGUGGUCGUGGCCUUGGUGGGACUGUAUCGCACAGGCAAAUCCUACUUGAUGAACCGUCUUGCAGGGCAGAACCAUGGUUUCCCUCUGAGCUGUACAGUGAGGUCUGAAACCAAGGGCAUCUGGAUGUGGUGUGUGUCCCACCCCUCUAAGCCUAAUUAUACCUGGAUCCUUCUGGACACUGAGGGCCUGGGUGAUUUAAAAAACAUAAGGCAGGCAAAUGACUCGUGGAUCUUUGCCCUGGCCGUGCUUCUCUGUAGCAGCUUUGUCUAUAACAGCAUGAGCACCAUCAACCACCAGGCCCUGGAGCAGCUGCAUUACGUGACAGAACUCACAGAACUCAUCAGGGAAAAGUCAUCCCCUACACCAGGUGGAGUAGAAGAUUUCACGGAGUUUGUGAGUUUCUUUCCAGAUUUUAUCUGGAUUGAACAGGGUUUCACCCUGGAGGUGAAGUUAAAUGAUCACCCCAUAAUAGAAAAUUAGCACCUGGAGAAUGCCUUGAAGCUGAUUCCAAGAGGAAAUCCCAAAGUCCAAAUGACCAAUCUCCCCAGAGAGUACAUCCAGCAUUUCUUUCCAAAAUGGAAGCAUUUUGUCUUUGGUCAGCCAAAAAAUGGAAAAGAACUUUUAGCCAAUAUUGAGAGUGUUUCAGAAAAUGAACUGGCCUUAAUUCUAGGAACAAACAGUUUCUGUUCUUACAUCCGUACCCAAUUACGAACCAAGACUCUCAGAGAGGGAAUCAUGUUUACUGAGAAACGGCUGAAGACUCUGGUGGUAAUGUAUGUGGACACCAACAGUGGAGUGGUGCCUUGUUUAGAGAAUGCGGUGACUACUCUGGCCCAGCUUGAGAACUUAGCGGCUGUGCAGAAGGCAGCCGACCGCUACAGCCAGCAGGCGGCCCAGCAAGUGAGGCUCCCCACAGACACGCUCCAGGAACUUCUGGACAUGCAUACGGCCUGGGAGAGGGAAGCUAUUGCGAUCUUCAUGGAGAACUCCUUCAAGGAUGACAAGCUAUUUCAGAAGAAUCUAGUGGAAAUUAUGAAGGACAAGAAGGAACAUUUCUUGCUGCAGAGUGAAGAGCCAUCUGUUGAAUACUGCCCAGCUAAUUUUAAUCAGCUUUUAGUGGUCUUAAUGGAAAGUUUGCAUCAGCUGAGGAAUUUCACUAAAAAUAUUCCUGACCUGAAAGUGCCUAAAGCCUGGUUUCAAGAGCCCCGGACACAUCGGGAUAUCAUCAGCCUGGCUCACAUCAUCCUGGCUCUGCGGUUGAAGAUCAUCAAAUCUUUAGGAGCUGGGAUGCCUGAAGAAAACAACAACAAGAAGGCCUGUCCAAGCGAACGUCCCACACUAGAGGUGCAGGGUCUGAAAGCACUGUCGGGCAGGGAAGCUGCUGGAGAUGAGAGGCGGGGGCCGGAGCAGGUGGGCACCGGCAGGGAAAGCCCUUGCGCGCUUUACUCCGAGAAUGUCAGCCUUUGCGAUGCUACCGGAGGCAGCGGCAAGGCGCCCCGGAGCGAGCGUGCAAUGUGCCUCCGGGAGACCCUGGCUUCUCCUAGGGGACUCAACUCGUGGCUGCGCAAAGAGCCCUAA